AUGAACAUAUCGGAUGAUAGUGCAAACGUUCUCCAUCGUAUAAAAUUUUAUUUAUUACUUACUUUACACAUACCAUCGAUUCUACUCUAUCUGCUCAUCUUUAUAUUCUUGGCUACACAUCGUCCUCAGCUAACCGCUCUCAUAAAUCGAGGUCCGAUCAUCCUAUUGCUUAUCAAUUUCUUGGUAGCAGCAUGUAUCUUACCACUAACCAUUCAUUUCUAUCGUUCUAAUCGUGUACUUCCAGCAUCUGCAGCUUAUUGUACUUUCUGGACAUUCUUACAAUAUACUCUCAAUGUGUCCAGCGAAAUCUUGAUGGUUAUAAUAUCUGUUCAACGUCAUAUCUUCAUAUUAAAUAGGAAUCUACUACGCAUUCGUGUGAAACGUAUUCUAUUUCAUGACAUUCCACUAUUCUUCGGUGUUGCCUAUCCAGCGAUUCUCUAUUUCGGUCUUGUCGUUAUUUAUCCUUGCGAUGGAACACAAUGGAACUUUUCAGCAUUAGUUUGUGGUUACGCCAAUUGUUACCUAUUAGAUAGCAAUGCGUUCGCAAUCUUCGAUUGGGCAAUGCACACCGGUAUACCAAUAGUAAUUAUUAUUUUAGCUAAUGUUAUGCUUAUCAUACGAAUUAUUCGUCAGAAACGUCGUUUACAACAGAGAGUGACAUGGCGAAAGCAGAGACGCAUGACUAUACAAUUGCUUAGCGUUGCCGCUUUAUAUUUUAUUGGAUGGAUGCCAAUCACAUCGAUUGCAGUGAUUCAACAAAUCCAUCAAUCACAAUUAGCUGCGGAAAUUCAAUCGAAAUAUAUCGUCGAUUUCAUCUACCUCGUGUGUCUUUUCAUGCCAUUGGUAUGUAUUGGAAUACUUCCUGAACUGAAAAAAUGGAUACAAGGACUAUUCCGAUUACACAAACGACGACGAAACACUGUUAAACCCACCCAUGUGACGAAUAAUACUGCAAGAUAA